AUGUAUUAUUUUUCUCUUCUAGCUGCAGCGACAUUUAUAGUUCUUUCCGUACAAACAUGUGCAAGCCCUCAUUUUUAUCCUAGCCAGAGACAAGACGGAACAGACAAAAAUCAGGCAAGAGCAAACGCCGUCAAGGAAGCUUUUUCACACGCAUGGGACGGAUACUACCAAUAUGCUGCUCCAAACGAUGAGCUGCAUCCAGUCACCAAUAAUUUCAGCAAUUCACGGAACGGAUGGGCUGCUAGUGCCGUGGACGCUUUGAGUACUGCAAUUCUUAUGCAAGAAUCGGAAGUAGUCGAUCAAAUUUUAUCACUCGUUCCAACUAUUGAUUUUGACCAUACGGACACUGAUGUCUCUCUCUUUGAGACUACCAUAAGGUAUUUGGGUGGUUUACUGUCGGGAUAUGAUCUCUUGUCUGGACCCCUGUCAAAUCUUGCAUCUAAUAAGACUGCAGUCGACCAAGUAUUAAAACAAGCGAUUCGUCUUGCUGACAACCUUGCCUACGCGUUUGAUACGCCCACAGGAAUUCCAAGUAAUAAUCUAAUAUUUGCUAAUAAAUCUACCGAUGGAUCGACAAACAACGGCUUAGCUACAGCCGGCACUCUUGUUCUUGAAUGGACACAUCUAUCUGAUUUGACUGGAAACCAAACCUACGCAGAACUAUCCCAAAAAGGAGAGUCUUAUCUUCUUAAUCCUAAACCUGCAACAUCAGAGCCAUGGCCUGGUCUAGUAGGCUACAGCAUUAACAUCCAGACUGGCCUCUUUGAGGAUGCCAGUGGCGGUUGGUCGGGAGGAACUGACAGUUUCUACGAGUAUCUCAUCAAGAUGUAUGCUUAUGAUCCAUCUAGAUUUGAAACCUACAAGGACCGUUGGGUUCUUGCUGCCGACUCAUCCAUUGCUCAUCUCGCUAGUCAUCCAUCUAGCAGACCCGAUCUCACCUUUAUGGCAGAGUAUAUGGGCACCAAUUUACUUUUUGAAUCACAGCACCUUACAUGCUUCGAUGGUGGCUCAUUUAUCCUCGGGGGUUUAAUCUUGAAGGAACAAAAAUACGUUGACUUCGGUCUUGAGCUUACCAAUGGAUGUCAUAAUACCUACACAAGCACUCAAACCGGAAUAGGACCUGAGAUAUUUCGCUGGAUCACAAAUGACACUGCAGUCAAUGAAACGGCAAACCCGCUGCCCCCUCCAAGCCAAAAGGAGUUUUACGAUAAGAAUGGCUUUUACAUCACGAAUAGCUACUAUGCUCUUCGCCCUGAAGUAAUUGAGAGUUAUUAUUAUUCUUAUCGUGCGACCAAGGAUGAAAAAUAUCGCGAAUGGGCUUGGGACGCAUUUGUAGCAAUAAAUUCCACUUGUCGGACUGGAUCUGGUUUUGCAGAACUAAAGGACGUAAAUGCUAAGGAUGGUGGUGGGUAUGGCGAUUUUCAAGAUAGUUUCUGGUUUGCCGAAGUUCUCAAGUAUAGCUAUCUUAUUUUUGCGCCCGAUGAUGAGUGGCAGGUUGAGCAUGAGGGUGUGAACCAUUGGGUAUUUAAUACGGAAGCCCACCCAAUACCAGUAGCCGGGAAACCUGUUUAG